CCUUCCGACACAAGCAAAUUUGUUCCAUUUCCAUUCAAUAUGGUUGUUGCAAUGCUGAAAUCUGUGCAGUGUACAGUAAUCGGGGACGGUUUUGUUGGAAAGUCCUGCCUGGUGCAGAAAAUCGCGGAUGGUCAGUUUCAUGAGGAAUAUAUCGCCACUCUUAAGGACGACUACAAUACCAAUAUAUUGAUCAAUGGUGACCACUAUGACCUCAGUAUAACUGAUAUCGCUGGAGAGCACGAAGAUUUAUCUUCUGUAGAAAUCCCGGACGUCUACAUCGUCUGCUUCAGCUUAGCGGACAAAAAUUCCAUGGACAGUGUAGAAGACUUCUGGGUCCCAAAAGUUAGAGCUCUUAGAAGGGACGUUCCAAUUGUUCUUGUUGGGACCCAGACGGAUGUGAGAAAAUCUUUACAUAAUGGACAUAUCACAACCGAAAAAGGGCAAAGGUUAGCAAAAAGACUUGGAGUGGAUUACUACGUAGAGUGUUCAGCGAAAGAGAACUCUGGGAUUCAAGAAACGUUUCUAAAAGCUGUACAGGCUAAAGUAAGAAAUGACAAGAGGAAAUUAAACAUUAUCAAGAGAAUUCUUGACAGAUGAUCAUUAGAUCCUCUUCAUAUUCUGACAAAGUGAUCCUUGCGUCACUUCUGAGAAUAACUGUUUGAGUUCAAAUGCCGAUGUCUCCUGCAAUACGAGAAAGACAUUAACGGCCAAUUCCUUGUAUUCAAUUACUGUUACAAAGGAGCAAUUCUGUUAAAAGAAAUGCACGUUUUGGUGGCUUUCGAAAAAACAUUGCUAACUCGACAAGUGCCAGUGAACGCCUUUCAUUUAUCAGCAUCAGAUUGGAUGUUGCAGAGACUCCAACGAAAGCACAAAAUCAGACUGAUUGCUUGAUAUGAAUUUACAGAAAUUCGAAUGUUGAAAUAUAAACUUUUUCUCAUAAAUAAAUGGGAAGAAUAUA